GGCCCGGAGAGAUGCAGCCGGUCCCCGGGCGGCGGUGGCAGAAGGUGCUGUACGAGCGACAGCCCUUCCCCGAUAACUACGUGGACCAGCGGUUCCUGGAGGAACUGCGGAAGAACGUGCACGCCCGCCGGUACCGGUACCGGGCCGUCGUCUUCCAGUCGGGCGCGGUGGUGCAGCAGCUCUGCAGCGUCUGCGUCUUUGUCGUCACCUGGUGGUACAUGGACGCCGGGAUGCUGAGUCCGCAGGGACUUUUCGGGGCGGCCCUGGUCUCCUCCCUGCUCGGCUACAUCCUCUUCGACGCCGUGGAUGGCGGGGCUGGGCGGCAGGAGAGCGGGCGGACACGGUGGGCGGACCUGAAGAGCACCUUGGUGUUCGCCGCCUUCACCUACGGCUUCUCGCCGGUGCUGAAGACGCUGACGGAGUCCAUCAGCACGGACACCAUCUACGCCAUGUCGGCCCUCAUGCUCCUCGGUCACCUCAUCUUCUUUGACUACGGUGCCAACGCCGCCAUCGUCUCCAGCACGCUGUCCCUCAACAUGGCCAUCUUUGCCUCCGUCUGCCUGGCCUCCCGCCUGCCUCGUUCCCUCCACGCCUUCGUCAUGGUCACCUUCGCCAUGCAGAUCUUCGCCCUCUGGCCCAUGCUGCAGAAGAAGCUGAAAGCCCAGACACCCCGAUGCUAUGUGGGGGUGACGGUGCUCUUCGCAUUGGCAGCGUUGGGGGGGCUGGCCACUGUCUCCAGUGUGGGCGCUGUGCUCUUCGCCUCGCUGCUGGUCGCCAUCUCCUGCCUCUGCCCUUACUGCCUCAUCCGCCUUCAGCAGCUCAAGGACAACAUCCACGGACCAUGGGAUGAGGCUGAAAUCAAGGAGGACCUCUCCAGGUUCCUCAUGUAGGCUGGCCUAGGGGGAGAAGGGACCUUCUGCUGUGAGCCACACAAAGAACCUUGCUGGGGGACAGCCCUGGGGGGAGGACACCAGCCUAAUAAAACCUUUCAUGCAGCAAUGAGGACCACGUUUGUGUUACCCUCAGCAUCUAUUUCCAGACCUGACCUGCUUGGUUUUGGAAAAGGAAUGAGCUGAACCCCACACAUGGCUAGCCUGAGCAGCAGCUUGGGGCACAGGCGAGUGGGGUAGUGCAUGCUCUGGCCAUGCAGACCCAUACCUGGGUUUGGGGGGGUGUGCAUCCCCUGAGCAGAAACACCACAUGGAAACGCACAUCUGGCUCAGAUGGGCCCCACGACAUUCCCAUGAAGGUCCUCAGCCUCAGGGACCUCGAUGUGUGUGAUGGCAACUGACAGCACUUGCCUGGGUGGCCUGGAGGGGAAGGGGGCUGGGUGAGGGUCUCUGCGGGCAGGAUGGAGGUGUGGGGUGGUGGGUGCUGCAGGACCAAGCAGGGCUGAACACGAGGGCACCUGGGAUGGGUGCAGUGCAGAGCCCUGCACCCUGCUGGUCACUGAUGCCAGAAUAGUCUCAUGACACUGCCAGGUACCACAUCACCCAAAAUCCUUUAGGAGAGGUGGGGGUGAGGGGACAAGACACCUUCCUCCCCUUUCUAACCCCCUCCCAGAGGUGGAUCUGGCCUCGCUGCAGGGCCAGACCCCGAGCCUGAGGGAUGGAGCUCAGCAUAGACUCAGCACGGUCCCUGGCUGGGAAGAUGCCAGGCCGCUGGGACUGCGGCGGGGCCCGUCGAGGUCCUGUCUGGUGGCCAUCUGUCCAGCGGCAGUCUGUCCAGCACCGCACGCACUGCAACAGAGGGCGCUCCCAGCAAACAAGUCCCGCUGGAGGCCAGGCCAGGCUGAGCGCUGGGAGGGCUUCCCCCUUCCCAGGCACCUUCCCUUUCCCUCGACAGCCCAGGGAGCUGAGCCUGCCAGAGCCCGCACCACGAGAGGGAACGGGUGCACGUACCUGCCCCAGCCCCACCUUGCAGGGAUGCUUUUGGCACUACCCGGGUUUUAUGGAAUCCAAUACUGCAGAAGUACAACUUUGUGCUUGAUUUACCCCAUCCCUUUGAGCGUCCGUCUGUGUCUCUCCCCAGCGCGCGGGCGCUUGCUGUGCACUCCUUGGGCAUUCUCAGAAAUGAGCAACCCCCAGUGGAGUCCCCAACACCUCCAGUGCCUUGUC